AUGGCUGUCCGGGUGUUCUGCAACCGCUGCUUCCAGCCUCCUGGCAGGUCCUCCUCGGAGUUUAGCCUAACGAGCUGUGGCCACGUGUUCUGCCAUCGCUGCCUCCAGCUAGGUAAAGCAGGGGAGAAGAGGGAAGGUAAAAAGGAUGAAUGUUUGAUUUGUAGCACUCCUUGCCGCAUGAUUUUACUUUCAAAACAAACUGAUUUUAAUAUUCAGGCAUUCUUUAUGGAAAUAGAUGGAUUAUGCAAGAAAUAUUCAAAAGAAACAUCACAGAUUUUAGAAUUUCAAGAAAAACAUAGAAGGAGGUUGCUAACAUUCUAUAGAGAAAAGAUUUCAAAAUUAGAAGAAUCUCUUAAAACAUUAACACAGCAGAUACAGCAGAUUCAAAGUAAGAGGCCAUCUCAACAAACUGUGCAGUUAUCUGUUUCUAAGCCAGUAAAAACCUCAAUUUCAACUCCUUCACCAAAACCAGUUGGAUAUUCAUCAUAUUCAUUCUUGCCAGCUUACUCGUUGACCUCCCAAAUAGUGGAGUCAAUGGAUGUUGAUCUUUCACCUUCCCCAGUGAGAAAACCUGAGACAGCAGCAGGCCCUGCAAGGCUCUCAUUGAUCAGUCCACCUCAAGAUGGACGUAUGGGAAGCAUUUCUUAUAGAGGGUCCCAGCUGGUUGGACUUCCCUCAACUCAGAAUAGCAUAUCAAGGACGCCACCAUCACAAUUUCCUCAUAAUGGACCUUCACAUGUUCUGCCAUCCUCCUUGCAAAGUAGAGUAGGAAUGUGGGAUACUUCUGGCUUCAGAAUUCCUCAAUUUACACCUCCAUCUCAGUCUUCAGUGCCAAGACAGCCGAUUAGCAUAUCCAAUCUUCUACAGAGGCAAUGUUUAGGGUCUACUCUUCUUGGAGGAAACACACUAGGAAGAUGA